AUGAGCAAUUACCUCGCGUGGAGGCUCGUCAAUGGUGGCAUUGAGUUGUGCAUCAAGCGCAAGACCAGGAGGGUCAAGGACAAGAAUGGCAACUCCAAGCUGCAGAAGCCCACCCGCGGCCAUGUGCGCCCCAUUGACAUUGCCCAGUUCAUCAGCUUGGAGCCUGACCUGGCUGGCGUGUUCCAUGACGCCAUGUUUGCCGCUGGCUUCCAGACCAACGUGAACACCAUCGUCAACAAGAAGAAGGCCGCCAACAGGCUCCAGGAGAAGGCCAUCCACAAGGCCAUGAUCCUCUCCAAGGACAUGUCCAACGAGUGUUAA